GAACGGAAAAAGAUGAGAGGGAGGAAGGGGAAGGAGAAAGGAAAGAAGAAAGGAAGAUGAACAAGUACUCAUAUUGGGACUACGCAGAGAAGGAGGCUGAGGCGCUCGAGGCACUCGGCGCUCGGCAGUCUGCUGUCCACUGCGCAGGUCUGCGAGGCCCCGCCCCUCCUGCCGCUGGCCGCCGGCAGAGCCUGCUGGAGCAGAGGCUGCGCGCUCAGAGACACUAUGUACCGGCUGCUGUCAGCGGUGACAGCUCGGGCUGGGGCCGCGACCGCCUGGGGCCGGGCCCGGGACAGGGGACGCCGCGGGACACACGGGCAAGCCGGCCUCCCCCCGCUCGGCCCCGGCUGGACCGCGGGCCUGGGGCUUGGGCUGGGGCUGGCGCUCGGGGCGAAGCUGGCGGGUGGACUGCGGGGCGCAGCCCCAGCUCAGACGCCCGCGGACCCCGAGGCGUCCUCCCUGGCCGAGCCGCGGGUGGAGCAGGCCCUUGGGCCUGGGAGCCCGCACAGCCCGCCACCGCCCAGCUCCAGGUGCUUCACCAGAGCCAUAGAGAGCAGCCGCGACCUGCUGCACAGGAUCAAGGACGAGGUUGGCGCGCCAGGUAUAGUGGUUGGAGUUUCUGUAGAUGGAAAAGAAGUCUGGUCAGAAGGCUUAGGCUAUGCAGACAUUGAGAACCGGGUGCCAUGCAAACCAGAAACAGUCAUGAGAAUCGCCAGCAUCAGCAAAAGCCUCACCAUGGUUGCUCUGGCCAAACUUUGGGAAGCAGGAAAACUGAAUCUGGAUCUCCCCGUUCAACAUUAUGUUCCUGAGUUCCCAGAAAAAGAAUAUGAAGGUGAAAAGGUUUCUGUCACAACAAGAUUACUGAUCUCCCAUUUAAGUGGAAUUCGUCAUUAUGAAAAGGACGUGAAAAAAGUGAAAGAAGAGAAGGCUUUUAAGGCCCUGAAGAUGAUGAAAGGGACUGUGCCAUCUGACCAAGAAAAAGAACCAAGAGAAAAGGGAGGCAAAAGUAAUGAAAAGACUGACCCCUCUAAAGCUAAAAUGGAGCCAGACAGCGAAACCAAAUGCCGAAAUUCAAAACCGAGCAAGAAAAAAAAUGAUUUUGAACAAGGCGAAUUAUAUUUGAAAGAAAAGUUUGAAAAUUCAAUAGAAUCCCUAAGAUUAUUUAAAAAUGAUCCUUUAUUCUUUAAACCUGGUAGUCAGUUUUUGUAUUCAACCUUUGGCUAUACCCUGCUGGCAGCCAUAGUAGAAAGAGCUUCAGGAUAUAAAUAUUUGGACUAUAUGCAGAAAAUAUUCCAUGACUUGGAUAUGCUGACAACUGUACAGGAAGAAAAUGAACCAGUGAUUUACAACAGAGCAAGAUUUUACGUUUACAAUAAAAAGAAACGUCUUGUCAACACACCCUAUGUGGAUAACUCCUAUAAAUGGGCUGGUGGUGGAUUUCUGUCCACAGUGGGAGACCUUCUGAAGUUUGGGAAUGCAAUGCUAUAUGGUUACCAAGUCGGGCUGUUUAAGAACGCAAAUGAAAACCUUUUACCUGGAUAUCUGAAGCCAGAAACAAUGGUGAUGAUGUGGACACCAGUUCCUAAUACAGAGAUGUCCUGGGAUAAGGAGGGUAAAUACGCAAUGGCGUGGGGUGUCGUAGAAAAGAAGCAAACAUAUGGUUCUUGCCGGAAGCAACGGCAUUAUGCCUCACACACUGGAGGUGCAGUAGGUGCCAGUAGUGUCCUGCUGGUCCUUCCUGAAGAGCUGGACCCAGAGGCCAUAAAUAACAAGGUCCCCCCAAGAGGAGUAAUUGUUUCUAUCAUAUGUAACAUGCAGUCUGUUGGCCUCAAUAGCACUGCUUUGAAGAUCGCCCUGGAAUUUGAUAAAGACAGAACAGACUGAGCCCUAAACACCACAGGUGCACAGUGAGCUCUUUUGAUUUUUAAAAUAUUGGUAUUUUAAAAAUACAUGAGAUUUUAAAGACUGCAUUUGUAAUAGAAUCCAAGUAAAUGUGGAGAAUUAUGUACCAAUUCUAAUUGCUUAAUUUUGUAACUGCCUUUUUAUUGUACAAUUAGCUCUUUACACUCAGGGAAAUAACUGUUGUUUCUACUUUUUGAGAAAAGGUAUUCUUGAAAUAAAAUAUUCUGAUAAAGGUA